CACGCUCUUUUGCCUCCACCAGUGCUCGGGAUCUCGGGAUCCAGUGGAAAGCAGUUCUUCAGUUUAAAGGUUCCGGAUCUCUGGCGGCGGGGACACAAGAGAGGAGGGAACGCAAAGGCCACGUAAGUGACCAGUUCAUUAAUCCCUCAGCUCCAAGCAGCCAAACCACCUCCCUUUUUACCCCCUUAAGGUGAAGCCUUCUCCAUGGAGCGGCUCCUGGCCCAGCUGUGCGGCACCAGCGCAUUGCAGCCGCUCCCGGUGUGGGAGGAGGGCACCACUGGCCACUGCUUCACCCAACUGGUGCUCAGCGCGCUACCCCACGCGCUCCUCGCCGUGCUCAGUGCCUGCCACUGGGGCACCCCGAGGAGUCCAGGUUACAAUCUACCCUGCAGUCCUGGUUGGCGCCUCCGACUCACAGCCGCUUUCCUGCUCUCCGUCUUUCCACUGCUAGACCUCCUUCCAGUUGCUUUGCCACCAGGGGCAGGCCCAGGGCCCAUAGGGCUAGAGGUGCUGGCAGGGGGUGUGGCAGCUGUGGCCUGGAUCAGCCACAGCUUGGCCCUGUGGGCAUUGGCCCAUUCCCCUUAUGGCCGCUCCCGGGGGCCCUUGGCCUUGGCUCUGUCUGCCUUCCUGCCAGCCCCAGCCCUAGUGCUGACCCUGCUAUGGCACUUCCAGCGAGGCACACUUCUGCCCCCACUUCUCCCAGGGCCCCUGUCCCGCCUGUGCAUUCUCAUCCUGCAGCUGGCUGUAAUCUUGGCCUAUGGACUGGGCUGGGCAGUCCCUGGGGGUCCUCGGGAAUCCUGGGCCCAGGAGCCCCUCCUUUCAGAGGGACAGGAACCUGAGGUAGCUGAGGAUGGGGAGAGUUGGCUGUCACGCUUUUCCUAUGCCUGGCUGUCACCCUUGUUGGCCCGUGGGGCCCGUGGAGAGCUCCGGCAGCCCCAGGACACUUGCCGCCUCCCCCACAGGCUGCACCCAACCUACCUGGCCUGUGUCUUCCAGGCACACUGGCAGGAGGGAGCCCAGCUGUGGAGAGCCCUGUAUGGGGCUUUUGGGAGGUUCUAUCUGGCACUUGGACUACUGAAGCUGGUGGGGACCAUGCUGGGAUUUUCAGGUCCCCUGCUGCUGUCCCUGCUGGUGGGCUUCCUGGAGGAGGGGCAGGAGCCACUAAGCAAUGGCCUGCUCUAUGCCUUGGGGCUAGCUGGCGGGGCUGUGCUGGGUGCUGUGCUGCAGAAUCAGUAUGGAUAUGAGAUACGGAAGGUUACACUUCAGGCACGGGGAGCCGUGCUGAAUAUCCUGUACCAAAAAGUUUUACAGCUGGGACCCAGACGUCCUCCUGCUGGGGAGGCCCUGAACCUACUAGGCACUGACUCUGAGCGGUUGCUUAACUUUGCUGGGAGCUUCCAUGAGGCCUGGGGCCUGCCCCUGCAGCUGGCCAUCACCCUCUACCUGCUGCACCACCAGGUGGGUGUGGCCUUUGUAGGUGGUCUGAUCCUGGCACUGCUGUUAGUACCUGUCAACAAAGUGAUUGCCACCCGCAUCAUGGCCAGCAACCAGGAGAUGCUGCAGCACAAGGAUGCACGGGUUAAGCUCAUGACAGAGCUGCUGAGUGGCAUUCGGGUCAUCAAGUUCUUCGGGUGGGAACAGGCAAUGGGGACCCGAGUGGAGGCCUGCCGGGCUCAAGAGCUGGGGCGACUCCGGGUCAUCAAAUACCUGGAUGCGGCCUGUGUGUACCUAUGGGCUGCCCUGCCAGUUGUCAUCUCCAUCGUCAUCUUCAUCACCUAUGUCCUCAUGGGGCACCAGCUCACUGCCACCAAGGUGUUCACAGCCCUGGCACUGGUGCGCAUGCUAAUUCUUCCUCUCAACAACUUCCCUUGGGUGAUCAAUGGCCUCCUUGAGGCCAAAGUGUCCUUAGACCGGAUCCAGCGUUUUCUCGACCUUCCCAACCACAACCCCAAGACCUACUAUAGCCAAGAUCCCCCCACAGAGCCAUCAACGGCAUUGGAACUGCAUGAAGCCCUGUUCUCAUGGGACCCAGUUGGAACCAGUCAGGAGACCUUCAUCAGUCACCUUGAAGUAAAGAAGGGUGUCCUGGUGGGCAUCGUGGGGAAGGUGGGCUGUGGGAAGAGCUCGCUGCUGGCUGCCAUUGCUGGGGAGCUCCACAGGCUGCGUGGACGGGUGGCAGUGUGGGAGUUAUCCAAAGGCUUUGGCCUAGCCACCCAGGAACCCUGGAUCCAGUUUGCCACCAUACGAGACAACAUCCUCUUUGGGAAGACAUUUGAUGCCCGGCUGUACAAGGAAGUGCUAGCGGCCUGCGCCCUCAAUGACGACCUCAGUAUCCUUCCUGCUGGAGACCAGACAGAGGUGGGGGAGAAGGGUGUGACCCUCAGUGGGGGCCAGCGGGCCCGGAUUGCCCUUGCUCGUGCGGUCUACCAAGAAAAGGAACUCUAUCUCCUUGAUGACCCUCUGGCUGCUGUAGAUGCAGAUGUGGCCAACCACCUGAUGCACAGGUGCAUCCUGGGAGUGCUGAGCCACACCACACGGCUGCUGUGUACCCAUCGCACCGAGUACCUGGAGAGGGCUGACGUGGUGCUGCUGAUGGGGGCUGGGCGCCUCGUCAGGGCUGGGCCUCCCUCUGAGAUCCUGCCAUUGGUACAAGCUGUCCCCAAAGUCUGGGCUGAGGAUGGACAAGAGUCUGAAACAGCCACAGCCCAGUCAGUACGGAACCCAGAGAAAACAAAGGAGGGUCUGGUGGUGGAGAAGAGCCCAUCUGGCCGCCUGUUGCAGGAGGAAAGCAAGAAGGAGGGCGCCGUGGCUUUCCACGUGUAUCAAGCGUACUGGAGGGCCGUGGGCUGCGGCCUGGGCCUGGCCAUCCUCUUCUCUCUGCUCCUCAUGCAAGCCACAAGGAACGCUGCUGACUGGUGGCUCUCACACUGGAUCUCUCAGCUGAAAGAAGCCAAGAAUAGCUCCCAGGAGGCACCAGUCCCCACCACCCCAGAUUCCACAGGGCUCCUUUCUGCCCAGCUGCUCCUCUUCGCUCCUGGAAGCCUCUACCCCCUCCCCACCACCCAGCACCUCAGUGUCCCCACUGCCCAACGCUGCCCCCAAUGGCUCCUCAGACAUCCGUUUCUACCUCACCGUGUAUGCGACCAUUGCUGGUGUCAACUCCCUCUGCACCCUUCUCCGGGCAGUGCUCUUUGCAGUGGGCACCCUGCAAGCGGCCACCACCCUGCAUCGCCGCCUGCUGUGUCGAGUCCUCAUGGACUGUCCCCAAGCCCUGUUCUGCCAGGCCCUGCCCUUGCCCAACCACACCCCUUCUCCCAGGCACCGGUGACUUUCUUCGACUCCACGCCCUCGGGCCGAGUCCUAAACCGCUUCUCCUCUGACGUGGCCUGUGCGGAUGACAGCCUGCCCUUCAUCCUCAACAUCCUGCUGGCCAACACAGCCGGCCUGCUGGGCCUCCUGGCUGUGCUGGGCUCCGGCCUGCCCUGGUUGCUGCUGCUGCUGCCACCUUUGAGCAUCACCUACUACCGCGUGCAGCGCCACUAUAGGGCCUCCUCCAGGGAGCUGCGGCGCCUGGGGAGCCUCACCUUGUCUCCACUCUACACCCACCUGGCCGACACCUUGGCUGGCCUCCCCGUGCUCCGGGCUGCGGGGGCCACCGACAGGUUUGAGGAGGAGAACCAGAGACUCCUGGAGCUAAACCAGAGGUGCCAGUUUGCUUCCAGUGCCACCAUGCAAUGGCUGGAUAUUCGGCUGCAGCUCAUGGGGGCCGCGGUGGUCAGUGCCAUCGCAGGCAUCGCCCUGGUGCAGCACCAGCAGGGCCUCGCUGACCCAGGACUGGUAGGCCUGUCACUGUCUUACGCCCUAUCCCUGACGGGCCUGCUCUCUGGCCUGGUGAGCAGCUUCACGCAGACGGAAGCCAUGCUGGUGAGCGUGGAGCGGCUGGAGGAAUACUCCUGUGAUCUGCCCCAGGAGCCCCAGGGCCAGCUGUCACAGCUAGGCACUGGCUGGCUGACCCAGGGAAGCGUGGAGUUCCAGGAUGUGGUGUUGGUGUACCGGCCAGGGCUGCCGAAUGCCCUGGAUGGGGUGACCUUCCGCGUGCAGCCUGGAGAGAAGUUGGGCAUCGUGGGCCGCACAGGCUCCGGCAAGUCUUCCCUUUUGUUGGUGCUCUUCCGGCUGCUGGAGCCCAGUUCCGGGCGAGUGCUGUUGGAUGGACUGGACACCAGCCAGCUGGAGCUGGCCGAGCUCAGAUCCCAGCUGGCUAUCAUCCCCCAGGAGCCCUUUUUGUUCAGUGGGACUGUUCGGGAAAACCUGGAUCCCCGGGGCCUGUAUGAGGACAGGGCCCUGUGGCAGGCCCUGGAGCAGUGCCACCUGAGUGAGGUGAUCAUAUCCAUGGGUGGUCUGGACAGUGAGCUGGGUGAGGGGGGCCGGAGCUUAUCGCUGGGGCAGAGGCAGCUGCUGUGUCUGGCCAGGGCUCUCCUCACAGAUGCCAAGAUCCUGUGUAUUGACGAGGCCACAGCAAGCGUGGACCAGAAGACAGACCAACUGCUCCAGAAGACCAUCUGCAAACGCUUUGCCAACAAAACAGUGCUGACCAUUGCCCACAGGCUCAACACCAUACUGAACUCGGAUCGGGUGCUGGUGCUGCAAGCCGGGAGGGUCGUGGAGCUGGACUCCCCUGUCGCCCUGCGCAACCAGCCCCACUCGCUGUUCCAGCAGCUGCUGCAGAGCAGCCAGCAGGGAGCCCACUCCUCCCCCUGAGGGCCCUCCAAGGUCUCCCCUCUGUCUUACCCCUGCUGGGCGGCUUAGAGCUGGCUGCUUGUUUACAUUCUCUUCCACGGCUCUACCUCAGUUGGCACUUCCCCAGGGGGGAAAAGGUGCCCUGGGUUCCUCUUUGGGAAUCACUGUUCAGGCAGAGGCCCAAGGUUUGUGCAGAGCCAGACCUCUGCCCUGGCCCUCUUACCUCUGUGACUCCAGGCAGGUUUUUCUGGCAAAGGAGCCCACUUACACUCCCACAGUUUUAUUGGAUAAAAUUCCCAUUUUA